GUCUUCAUUAACUAAGAACAAAGUCAAAUAAUACUGAUUAACACUAUUUCUGUUAAUUAUAAACCAAUAAUAAUGAUAUAACAUUUACCAUUUUUCCGAAAAUGGUCAGUUCCAUUUCUAUUAGUAAUCCUAGUAAUUAUUAAUUCGUCCCUGUACCGAAGUAAAUCCAUCACUUUACAACGAUCUCCUUAAUAUUUACUAUAGAACAGACAUUGCAUUAUGGUUUUAAUUUACCUACACAUGUGUUAAAAUAAAUCACUCAAGAAAUAACUUAAAAAACCUGAUUUUAAACUAAUAAACAUGUCAAAUAACAAAUUACUUCUACAUAACUUCAUACAAUGGUAUUAGCUAGUGAACACUAAAUGAUAAGAAAUUAUCUUUGCAAAGUAAAUACAAAUCAUAUGUUUUUAAUUUCAACAUUUCAGCCAGUGCCUACGAGUAUCCUAUAAUCUUUCAUUAUUAUUAUUUUUUAAUAAUACAGAAAUUAUAAAUAUACAUAUUUUUUAUUUUAAAAUUUAUGUUUUAUUAAAAAGAGUAAUUCAAAUAAUAAACUGCAAAUUUAUUAAUCACUUUGGUAUUAAUGCAACUAAUAGCUUUGAUAGUAAAAAAAUCGAGAGUAAAAUAUCGUUAAUAACUUUAAUAUCUAUCUCAAUAGUUCUAAUCUAAUUGUAAAUUACGAUCAAAUUGGUUAAUCUAUAUUACAAGCAACAUCUAUAUUACAAGAGUGUAAUUUAAAUAAAUUAUUAGUGAUUCUUUCAAAUAUAAUUAAAUAUUCAAAAUUUAUAUUGAUGUGUGUGAAUCAAUAUUGUGGUAUCGAUAGUAACAAGUAUUGUUUCAUUUCGAAUACUGAUUAAUAUCGAUGUUGUCAAAUGCUUUCAUUCCCGUGGUAAAGUUUGUAGUAAGCCGGUUGUUUACUCGUUGUUGGAAGUUGAUUUUUAUACUUAUUUGAUUGAUGAUAUACUUGGCUAUAUUAUAGCAAGGUAUAUUUAAUUUUGUUUAUUGAAUUAAUCGUCACUAAAAUUAACAAUUUUUACUAAGUAUGUCGGACGUUAAAUCAUUUUUUCACCAAUGGUGUAAUAAAAAAAGUGUUGAACCUACAUUUGAUGUGCGCCCAACUGGUCCCAAACAUAGGCAAAGAUUUUUGUGUGAAGUAAGGGUACCAGGAUAUAAUUAUGUUGGUGCAGGAAAUUCAACAACUAAAAAAGAUGCUCAGUUCAAUGCUGCCAAAGACUUUGUUCAAUAUCUGGUUCGACAAAAUAUUGUUCCGUCAUCAGAAGUUCCUUUGGAGGCAAAAUCAGCAAUUGAUGUUGGAACAGGAGAUGGUGGUCACCUGCUUCAGGCUUCUAGGCCUGUAUUCCAGCCAGGAAUGGGACCUAACACGUUAGGUGAAGCGUAUGUGCCAGUCGGAAGAAAUAGUGGUCCUGGUGAACAUUUCAUUGAUGUUGUUGCUGAGCAAAAACGUGUUCAAGAUGCAGAAGAAGUUGAUGUUAAUGCUGCAAUACAUGGUAACUGGACAAUGGAAAAUGCUAAAUCAAAACUCCAUCAGUUUAUGCAAGUUAAUAAAAUCAAUGCUGAUUAUAAAUAUACCAUUGUUGGUCCUGACCACAACAGGGGAUUCGUAGCUGAAAUGACAAUUCCUGUCCAUAAACUUGGUCGUGCUAUAACCGGUAGAGAAACAGGUUCUAAUAAACAGACAGCAUCUAAGAGCUGCGCUUUGAGUCUUGUCCGACAGUUAUUCCAUCUUGGUGUUAUUGAACCAUUUUCUGGUACUCUUAAGAAAGCUGCAACUGACCAGAUUAAGCCUUAUCAAGUCGCUAUUAAUCCAGAAUUAAAAGGUCGUAUCAUGAAAAUUCUAGAAGAACUUGAAAUAAAACCGCCAUCUGUUUUUCAGAAUGAGCAAAGUGAAGAACCAAUAUCCCUCCUUUCAACCACUGUUCUGGCAGAUUUUGCAAAAACCACAUCAGUCAACGCUGGUGUCGUGUCGUGGUCACCGCCUCUACAGAAUUGGAAUCCGUGGACUGGGUGUAAUAUUGAUGAAGGUCCACUUGCUACAGCUUCAUUGGAACAGCUGAGUGAAGAUGUUUGUUCUGAAGCUAGACAACGCCUCCAAUCCGACUCAGAAUUGCAAAAAAUGAAUGCUGAGAGAGAAAAAUUACCUGUAUUCUCAAUGAAAUCAGACAUAAUGGAUGCCAUUAAUGAUAAUUCUGUGAUCAUCAUCAGAGGAAGCACAGGAUGUGGUAAAACAACUCAGGUCUGCCAAUUUAUAUUAGAUGAUUACAUCAUGUCUGGUCAGGGAGCUUUCUGCAAUAUUGUCGUCACUCAACCCAGAAGGAUAUCGGCAAUCUCUGUUGCUGAUAGAAUAGCUCAGGAAAGAGGUGAACAAAUUGGUAUGAGCGUGGGCUAUAGUGUAAGGUUUGAGUCCUGCCUUCCUCGCCCAUAUGCGGCCAUCAUGUUCUGCACAGUUGGUGUAUUAUUGAGAAAGCUGGAAGGAGGACUGCGCGGUGUCUCCCAUCUCAUAGUGGAUGAAAUACACGAAAGAGAUGUGAAUUCCGACUUCCUACUUGUUGUAUUGAGGGAUAUGGUGCACAACUACCCAGACCUGAGAGUCAUCCUCAUGUCUGCUACUAUCGAUACCACCCUUUUUUCUGAAUAUUUUAAUAAAUGUAGAGUACUAGAAAUUCCGGGCAGGUCAUUUCCUGUUAAAACAUAUUUUUUGGAAGAUUGCGUUCAAAUGGUUAAAUUUGUACCUCCACCUGACACUCGUAAGAAUAAAAACAAAGAUAAAGAUGAAGAAACUGUUGGGGCUGGUGAAGAUGAUGAAAACAUGAAUUUGAAAGUUAGUCCUGAAUACGGUGAUGCUGUGAGAGUUUCCCUUUCCAAAAUGAACGAGAAAGAUAUAAGUUUUGAAUUAAUAGAGGCCCUAAUCAAGCAUUGCAAAGGUACUGGAUUAGAAGGAGCUGUUUUGAUCUUUUUACCUGGCUGGAAUGUGAUCUUUGCUCUUAUGAAAUUCCUUCAACAACAUCCAGUUUUUAGUGGAAAUAAGUACCGUAUUUUGCCUCUCCAUUCUCAGCUACCUAGGGAGGACCAAAGAAGAGUUUUUGAACCAGUUGCAGAUGACGUUAUGAAGAUCAUUCUUUCGACCAACAUUGCUGAAACGUCUAUUACAAUCAAUGAUGUCGUCUUCGUUAUUGAUACAUGUAAAGCAAAAAUGAAACUAUUUACUUCUCACAAUAAUAUGACAAAUUAUGCUACAGUUUGGGCUUCAAAAACAAACUUAGAACAGAGGAAAGGUAGAGCUGGUCGUGUCAGACCAGGUAUCUGUUUUCAUCUUCUCACCAAGGCACGUUACGAAAAGCUUGAUGAACAUAUGACCCCAGAAAUGUUCAGAACUCCCCUUCAUGAACUUGCCUUAUCAAUAAAGCUCCUUCGUUUGGGAAGUAUACGUCACUUUCUCUCAAAAGCGCUUGAGCCUCCACCAAUUGACGCAGUGAUAGAAGCAGAAGUUCUUCUUAAAGAAAUGAAGUGUCUGGAUAGUAAUGAUGAGCUGACUCCUCUAGGCAAGAUACUAGCAAAACUGCCGAUAGAACCAAGACUUGGUAAAAUGAUGAUACUAGGCUGUGUUUUCCAAGUUGGCGACGCUCUUGCUACAAUAGCUGCUAACAGUUCGACUUUCCCCGAAGUCUUUAUAACUGAAAGGAGAUUAACAGGAAUUCAGAGGGCUUUCGCCGGUACCAGAUGUUCAGAUCACCUUGCAAUGCUGCAUGUCUACAGUCAGUGGGCAUCUGCGUGUAGCAGGGGAGGAGAAUCGGCUGGAAUGUCAUUUUGUGAAACCAAGCAAGUCUCUGAACCUACGCUUCGAGUAACAGCUGAUGCAAAAACACAACUAAAAGACCUGUUGGUCACUUGUGGAUUUUCCGAAGAAGCCAUGAUGUCAAUGUUUUACCAAUUUAAUGAUGAGGACGAGAACCUAGAUAUAAUAACAGCUCUGUUAUGUUUAGGUCUUUACCCUAAUGUGUGCUACCAUAAAGAAAAAAGAAAGGUGUUGACUACAGAAUCUAAGCCAGCAUUAAUCCAUAAAACAUCUGUUAAUUGCACUAAGUUUGAAACAAACUUCCCAUCUCCUUUCUUUGUUUUUGGUGAAAAGAUCAGGACCCGAGCUGUAUCCUGUAAACAAACAACAAUGGUAACACCUCUGCAUCUACUCUUGUUUGGUUCAAGGAAAGUGGAAUUAGUCAACAAAGCUGUGAGACUCGAUAAUUGGGUUAACUUUGAAAUGGACUUGACUUCAGCAAUGGCCGUCCUGAGCCUAAGACCUGCUAUUGAGGGUCUGGUUGUAAAGGUUGCCUCAGACCCAGAAUAUCUCAUGAAUUUGUCACCUGUUGAUAAAGAAGUCAUCUCCGUCGUCAAGGACCUCUGUAGGAUGCAAGCUGGCCGCUAUGGUCUGGAUGAGUAUUCUCUGAAACGGCAAAGAAGAGGUUUUGAAGCAGACGGAAGUGGCCCUCCUGAGCCCAAAUUUUACAGAAGCAGUUAUAGAGGUCUUAAUCAAAAUUCUUCCCAGUACCCAGUUUGACUCCUUUUUAGUAAAGCUCCAUUUCAGGUUGCCUAAAAUGAAAAAUAUAUAUUUAUCUGUUGCCUAUUAUA